CGCCAAUCGCCACUAAAAUCAUUGACCAAAUAUUUUUAUUUCUAAGGUUUAAAUCAAAAUUUGAAUUUAUUUUUCUAGAGAGAGAGAGAGAGAGAUGGAGUUCAGUAUCAGUGGCAAUGGGCUCAAGACCUUGGCUAGGUCUAUAAUCUGCCUCGCACGCGUCGGCAACGAGCUCGUCGUCCAAGCUUCGCCGACACAGCUGGCAUUGCACACUUUAAAUGCUUCACGUUCUGCCUAUCAGUGUAUUACAUUUCAGCCAAGUUUCUUUGAUGUAUAUACUGUUUCUGGUCCUCAAGCUCAUUUCAGUUUACUUUUGAAGGCUGUUUGUUCUGUUCUUAGAACCCCUCUCGCCAGCAUUGAUCACAUGAGUGUGCAGUUGCCAGAUCAUGAUGCAUCUAAGGUCAAAUGGACUUUGCAGUGUUACAGUGGUAUGAAGAAAACAUAUUGGAUUACUUGCAAUGUGGAACCAGAUAUACAGCAUCUGUCCCUUGAUAGGGGUAGAUUUCCUAGUACCUUAGUCGUGCAUCCUCGAAAUCUGAGCAAGUUGCUUGGAAACUUCCAGUCAUCCCUCCAAGAGAUUACAAUAAUUGCUACAGAUCAAACUUCUUUCCCCUCUGAUGCUGCAAGUGAAAUAGGUGGAAAAUCUGUUGAGUUUCGGAGCUAUGUGGAUCCUACCAAAGAUGGCGACGCUUUGUUACAUACUCAGCUAUGGAUUGAUCCAUCAGAAGAAUUUUUGCAGUAUACUCACGCAGGUGAUCCCGUUGACAUCACAUUUUCCUUGAAGGAACUAAAGGCAUUUCUGGCAUUUUGCGAGGGCUGUGAAGCUGAUAUUCAUCUUUUUUUCGAAAAAGCUGGCGAACCAAUACUGAUGGCUCCAAAAUUCGGUUUGGGUGAUGGGUCAAGCUCCAGUUUUGAUGCAACACUCGUUCUUGCGACAAUGCUUGUGUCUCAACUUCAGGAAGGGAUUCCGGCAGAACCUCCUGAAGCAGCAAACUCCACAGGUGGCCAUGCUGCCGAGCAAGUAGGAUCACAGCCUCAAGAACGGUCUAGGCAAAAUGCCUCUGUGCACCCAUCUGAUCACACACGAGUUUGGUCUGAACUUUCAGGAACUGCCACUAAGAGCGUGAACGGUACUGAGGAUAGGCCACAGGCUCAGGGACAACCAGACUUGGAUAUCCAAAGAAUUAGGAAUAUGGAAAUAUCAAAAGGCGGGCCAGCUGGAGAUACUGCUCCUGCAGCUCCUAACUCCCAACGUCCCACACAGAUAGAUCAUGCUGAAGGAUCCCGAGUACGGGUACAGAACCAAAGUUUCUCCCAGCACCAUCCUAGUAAUUGGGUAGAUGCAAAUGAGGAAGAAGACGACGACGAAGAAGGUGUCGAGGCGACGCCACCUCACAAUGAAGAUUAUUAACUCAAGUCCCUUUCCCUUGAAGUUUUUUUUCAUCUCAUUCAACUGGAAAAUGAUCCGGAGAAGAUUGUGAAAAAUGGGACAGAACAUACAAGUAAAGUAAGGCAUUUAGGUGGUGAUUUAUUCCUCACCAUAUACAUAUAAAAUUCUGUUUUACGGUAAAAUGCCUCUCUGCUAUGUAGAAUAGAAGAAAAAGGUGAGAGUAUAUGCAUAUAUGUGUAGUGUUAGGUGCUUCAUCCACUACAAUCAAAGUUUGAUCCUUUCUUGGCAAAACUUCUGAAUGGCGUGCUGUGUUGUUCAGUCAUCUUUGUUUGUUAGGCAUUUGCUUUUUCUUUCUAACUUAACAUAAAAAUAGAAUGCCAACACACCUUGAGCUUGAAUAUCUGCAUUUCCACUA